AGGAACUCCAACAGCAAAAACGACCGGAGGAAUCGCAAGUUCAAGGAGGCCGAACGGCUCUUCAGCAAGUCCUCGGUCACCUCGGCAGCGGCGGUCAGUGCAUUAGCUGGAGUUCAGGACCAGCUCAUUGAGAAGCGGGAGCCAGGCAGUGGCACGGAAAGUGACACUUCUCCAGACUUUCACAAUCAGGAGAAUGAGCCCAACCAGGAGGACGCUGAAGAGCUGGAUGGGUCUGUGCAGGGGGUAAAACCCCAGAAAGCUGCUUCCUCUACUUCUUCUGGGAGCCACCACAGCAGCCACAAAAAACGGAAGAACAAAAAUCGACACAGCCCGUCUGGCAUGUUUGAUUAUGACUUUGAGAUUGAUCUCAAGUUAAACAAAAAGCCAAGAGCC